AUGUCGAGAAUAUUUCUCAACCAGAAUUACCGCCUAUUCAAGGUGAGGCCACUACCAAAAGUUCUCGACGAACAGUUGCCGGAUUCGGACUCUUAUGUGUCCUCGAUAGUCGACACCCUCUGCAAUGACGAAUACGGAGAUAACCCAUUUUUAACAGAUCUCAAACGUCAAUUGGCCAGUACCAUUUUGACUAAUGAAAUGUACAAGACGGAAAAUUUAACAGCAGCGGCUUCUUCUUUGAUUCCUCUCAAUUCCAGACUCUACUCAAACGGCCGGUCUACCAACGACAAGUUGAAUAUAGUAGAGAUCCUGCAUAAUCUAAGACUCAGGAAGAAAAUCAAUCACGUGAUAUAUGAUCAGGUGAAAAUUAAAGUUGGACACCUUCGAUUUCAAUUCUUGGAUUUGAUUCCUGUUCAAAUCUUUAUCUUUAUUGAGAUAGAACCUACAGAAGUGUUACUAUUGACCAAGGCUCUGCCAAAGAUGCAGAACGUGAUUGCACAUUACCUAGUGAAUCAGCUAGGAUGCCUAUUUGAGCCGUUGAAGCUGAGUGACGAAUUUUUGCGGUCUACUGUGGAUACGUCAGUGAAACUGGCCAAUCGUCACGAAGAUAUUGGUGGAAUGGAGUUAAUGUUUUCCUCGAUACAAACUAAAGGAAAUGCAUUGAACUCGAUUGCACUUAAUGUCGAGUCACAGGACAUAGCGAAGUUUAUGGACAGAAAAGGAUUUAUGCAUAAUAUAUGCGAGUAUAUGCAGACAGAAACAUCAAUCGACUUUUCUCAAUUGGCUCUUACAAGGCUUCGAAGCGAACUGUUUCUUCUUGGAGCAGACGGCAGAUUGCGGCUGUCUAGUUUGCUCAGCUUUCGAUCCGAUCCAGAAAAAUUUGCAGAUGACCGGCCCACAAUAUGGGCUCUCUUAAUGCUAUUGUAUAGACAGUAG